AUGAAAAAGGUGAUUUCUAAAAAGAGACCUGUGGGAGGUGAGCCUAAAUUUGUAACUGAAAAGUGUGGUAGAGUCUCGCCAGCUAGGAGGACCCCAAUCAAGAAGAAAAACCCUAGAGCGGUGGCAAUACCUUGCACUAACAAUUACAUAACGUUCAAGAAGGUGCUAAUUGACUCUGGUUCUAGUGUGAGUUUAAUGCCAUUGUCUAUCUUCAAAAAGAUUGACAUUAGAAAGAUAAGCGAGUGUGGGACAAAAUUGAAAAUUUCUAAUCAGACCAUUAAGCAGUCAUAUGGGAUAGUUCAAGAUGUAUUGGUGGAGAUUGAUAAGUUUGUCUUUCCAGUUGAUAUCCAGAUCAUAGACAUACCUGAAGAUGAAGCGACUCUUAUCCUUCUUGGUAGACCUUUUUUGCUCACUAGUCGUUGCAAUUUUGAUAUCGGGAAACGGACACUAACAGUAAAGUUAUUUGAUAAAGAGGUAACAUUGAAGGUGUUAGAAGUCAAAAAGCAAGGUGUAGGUGGAAAUAAGCAAUCUUCGGUUGGCAUGAUCAAAAUUGAGAAAGCAAAAUUCUAA